AUGGAAAGUACGGUAGUUGGGUUUUCAAAAUUUUCUCUUCAAAAUUUUCAAUUUAAUAUAAAUAAGAAUAAUCACAGUUGUACAAAAAAAGAGCGAGGAGAAAAAGCAUUAUAUUUAUUAGCUAACCUUAUACCGAUAUUAAAUGAAUGUGAAAUAUUUUUUGUUUCAACAAAACACCACAAGACUACAAAUAAUCAACGGAAAUUGGAUCAAAAUCUGAAAAUCAAUGUACCAAGUGCUGUAAUGAAAUAUGAUGAUACGAAACGAUCUUUAGUUCGAUGUACAGCAGUAAAAGAUGUUAAAAAUUCAUUUAUUCUUAUUUGGCUUGAUUCCAGUAUCAAGCCGAGUAAAACGACAUUGGAUAGACUUCGUCUUGUCUUCGAUCAUUUAAUGUUUUUCGAUAAUAUCAUUUCAUCUUUAAAAUAUUUAUCGACACACAAAAAUAAAAAAAUAUUUUUUAUUAUUUCUCACACAUUAUUUGUUCAAGAACUUGUUGAUGAAAUUCAACAUUUAUCACAAAUUCGAUCUAUUUACUUAUUAACUGUCGAACUUCAAUAUCAUAAAAUGUGGACACGUUCAUAUUCCAAAAUAAAUGGUGUAUUUCAAAAUGAAGAUAAUUUAUUAUGUAAAUUAGCCAUUGAUUUGGCUGAAUUUUUUGUUGAACAAGGAGAUGAAUUCAAUCGCUUAGGUGCUAGUAAUUUAGCAGUGGAAAGUUAUGAUUAUUCACUUCAACUGUACGGUACAAUUGAGCAACAUUUAAAAUUAAAAUUAAAUUCGUUUAAAUAA